GUAUAGCUGUAUAAGUAUCAGUAAGAGUAGAAGAAGAAGAAGAGCAAUCAAACAUUUUUUUCUUUGUUAUGGACACCUCAUUCAGGGUCUCCUCCUCCAUCAUUUACUUCUUCUUGUUUUUGUCUUUAAGUAAUACAGCAGUUUUCUCCACCUCUGUGGUGGUCGAGGCGUACGAUCCAUAUGAUCCAACCAGCAACAUUACAGUCAAAUGGGAUGUCUUGAGCUGGACAUCAGAUGGUUAUGUGGGAGUUGUUACUAUCACAAACAAUCAGAUAUACCGGACAGUGCAAAAGCCAGGUUGGAAGCUUGGCUGGACCUGGGCUGGACGUGAAGUUGUUUGGAGCAUGGUUGGGGCUCAGGCCAUUGACCAAGGGAACUGUUCUAGGUUCAAGGGCAACAUCCCACAUUCCUGCUUAAAGACACCUACCAUGGUUGAUCUGAUGCCUGGCACUCCAUUCAAUCAACAGGUCAAGGAUUGUUGUAAAGGAGGAACUUUAAGCACGAGAUAUCAAGAUGUUCAUAAUUCAAUGGCUAGCUUUCAGAUCUCUGUUGGUAAUGCAGGUACCUCGAAUACAACGGUGCGCAUGCCUAAGAAAUUCACCUUCGUUGCUGGCCAUGACAAAUAUACUUGCAGACCUGCCAAGACUGUGCCCUCUACAAGAUUUAUCACUUCGGAUGGAAGGAGAAUGACCAGAGCCUUCAUGACAUGGAAAGUAGUGUGCACGCACUCGCGUGCUAAAGAGGCUAACAAGCACCCAGCUUGUUGCGUAUCAUUUUCAGGGUUUGGCCAACAUAAGAAAGCUAAUUGUCCUACUUGUGCCUGUGGUUGUCGAAAUAAAACAUGCAACUCGAGUAGGAGAGGCCUAAGCUUUGUGCCAUCGAAGAUAAAGUGCACAGAUCAUAUGUGCCCUGUUAACAUCAAUUGGCAGAUGAUGAAACCCAAAGAGAAAGGAGUAGGAUGGGCAGUUAACGUUUCCAUAACUAACUUUAACUACCGAAUGAACUACUCAGAUUGGACACUGCUUGUAAAUCAUCCUUCCAUUAACAAGCUCACCGAAGUUCUUCACGCCAAACAUAGAAAUGGUGGAGAUAAUAUGGGGGGCUAAAAAUAAAACCGAUGUUAUCACUGCAACUGGUCGUAAAGGCUCAACAGUGAGUUGGAUAAUGCAUCUUUAUAAGAACAAGUAUAAAAACGAUACUGCGACUCUUUCUUGUGAAAAAGAUUGGCGUACUCCUAGGGAAGUCUUCUUCAAUGGGGAUCGAUGUGUCGUUUCUUCACUCUUGCCUCUAGCAAGUGCCCGCAUUCAUUGAUAGAUAGAGCUUCAUCUCCAUUAUCUUUCUUCUUUGAACAAGAAGAAAAUAAAAAUAUAUUUCUCAAAAGCAUGUGACAAUACAAUUGUACCGAUCUAUAAAUGUUUGGAAUGGCCUGGGAAUUUGAGCUAUACAUUGGUUGGA